GCUCCCUCCUCAGCUAGCCCGCCUUCCCUAGCCAACCCACACACUCGCUCGCGACCCUGCACUGCACCUCACCCACGUCCGUGCGCGGCCAGCCAGCGCGAGGCGCGACAAUGCCGUCGGACGCGGCGGCCAAGGGGGUGAAGCUGGAGCGGUACGCGAGCGGCAGCGCGCUGCUGUUGCGCCGGGUGGCCAGCGGCAAGUUCGUCUCCGCCUCGUCGCACCUGCUCUUCCGCGCCACCGUGCUCGCCACCCUCGCCCUCGUCUUCCUCUUCGCGCUCCACUACCCCUCCCUCCUCUCCCGCUCCUUCAGCCUCGCCUCCUCCUCCGUUCCAUCACGGUCCCACCGGAGCCUGCUGGCGUCCUCGUCCGCGGCGCCCACGUACGGCGGCGAGCGCUGGCAGAAGGAGAUACGCCGGAGCGCCAAGCCGCGCCGGGACGGGGGCCUGUCGGUGCUCGUCACGGGCGCCGGCGGCUUCGUCGGCGCGCACUGCUCGCUCGCCCUCAAGGCGCGCGGCGACGGCGUGGUCGGCCUCGACAACUUCAACUCCUACUACGACCCGGCGCUCAAGCGCGGGCGCCAGGCGCUCCUCGCCGACCGCGGCGUCGUCGUCCUCGACGCCGACAUCAACGACGCGCUGCUGCUCGAGAGGCUCUUCGAGGCGGUGCCCUUCACGCACGUGCUGCACCUGGCGGCGCAGGCCGGGGUGCGCUACGCCAUGGAGGCGCCGCAGACGUACGUGGCGUCCAACGUGGCCGGGCUGGUGAGCGUGUUCGAGGCGGCCGCCAAGCACGCCGACCCGCAGCCGGCCAUCGUCUGGGCAUCCUCAUCCUCCGUCUACGGGCUCAACACCGACGCGCCCUUCUCCGAGGACCACCGCACCGACCGCCCGGCGUCGCUCUACGCGGCCACCAAGAAGGCCGGCGAGGCCAUCGCGCACGCAUACAACCACAUCUACGGCCUCUCCAUCACCGGCCUCCGCUUCUUCACCGUGUACGGGCCCUGGGGCCGCCCCGACAUGGCCUACUUCUCCUUCGCACGCAGCAUCGUCGCCGGCGAGCCCAUCACGCUCUACGCCGACGCGCGCCGCGACUUCACCUACAUCGACGACGUCGUCAAGGGCUGCGUCGGCGCGCUCGACACCGCCGGCAGGAGCACCGGGUCCGCCAGGUCGGGAAAGAAGAGCGGCCCCGCGCCGCUGCGCGUGUACAACCUGGGCAACACCUCCCCGGUGGCGGUGACACGGAUGGUGGCCAUCCUGGAGAAGCUGCUGGGGAAGAAGGCGAACAAGCGCGUCAUCGCCAUGCCCAGCAACGGCGACGUGCCCUUCACCCACGCCAACGUGAGUCACGCGGCGCACGACUUUGGGUACCGCCCCACCACCUCCCUCGACGCCGGCCUGCGCCACUUCGUGGACUGGUUCGUGCACUACUACAAUCUCGACAUCAAGAUCGCCAAACCCGCCACCAGCACCAGCAAGAAGCCGGCGGCGGCGUCGACGAAGAAGAAGGGCUCGGCCACGUCGUCGUCGGCGGCGUCGUCGUGAGCAGGGCAGAGCACCAGCCAGCGCCCGGCCAGCCCGCGAGAGAUGGAGCACCGCCACCGACACCGACACCAAGUGUUUAUUCCUUCCCUAGCUAAUUCUUGGAGGCAUCAACUUGUCUUUCAUCGUCUGUAAUAACCGUGUAAGCGUCGUAGUUAGCAAAUAAUGGUGGGAAUUGAACAGCAAGGGAUAGGACGCAAAAAACUGCAGAUAACUAUUGUAUUAGAUGGGGGUAUAGUCAGAACAAGAAGAGGGGAGCCAGGACUGAAGAAAGAUGGCUUCUUUUCCAAUCAAAAUCGUCUCUUUCCA